AUGGACUCCGUCUUGCGCCAGUCGAAGGCCAUGUGCCCCUUCAUGAGGCAGGCCACGGCCGCGGGUCUCCGUGCCAUGUCAACGGCCGUCACCCCUGCUACGCCGACGGCUGUGUCCCCCUGCGGCGGCACCAUGUCCAAGCUGCAGGUGCUCGCCCGCCGCUGCCCCGUGAUGGGCAAGGCCAUGGCCGUCCAGUCGGCUCGCAUGGGUCAUACCGCGGCCGGCUUCCCGAGCGUCGCGGCCAAGGCUGGCAUGGCCACGUUUCAUGGCCAUGUGAAGGCUGGCAAGGCGAAGCUGCAUACUACUCGCCCGCAGGAGGCCCAGGCCGUGGAUAGCUCAGUUUUCCCGGGCCAUGAGAAGGUUCAGCUACCUCCCCGUCUUCCGGCCAAACCGGCCGUCAGCGCUGGCCCUGCUGCCACCACCCGCCCGACCACCCACACCGGCAAAUUUGACUACGAAGGAUUCUACAACCAUGAAUUAGAGAAGAAGCACAAGGACAAGUCGUACCGGUACUUCAACAACAUCAAUCGGCUGGCCAAGGAAUUCCCCCGCGCUCACAUGGCCACCAAGGAAGAGAAGGUCACGGUUUGGUGCGCCAAUGACUACCUGGGCAUGGGUCGCAACCCGCAUGUCCUGAAGGCGAUGCACCAGACGCUUGACGAAUACGGCGCUGGGGCUGGUGGCACACGCAACAUUUCCGGCCAUAACAAGCAUGCGGUCGAGCUGGAACAAACGAUUGCGAAGCUCCAUGCGCAGGAGUCUGCGCUGGUCUUCAGCUCCUGCUACGUGGCCAACGAUGCGACCCUGGCUACCCUCGCCAGCAAAAUGCCCGACUGCGUCAUCUUAUCCGACAGCUUGAACCACGCCUCGAUGAUCCAGGGUAUCCGCCAUUCCGGUGCGAGGAAGAUCAUCUUCAAGCACAACGAUGUACAGGAUCUGGAAGAGAAGCUCGCAUCAUUGCCGCUCCACGUCCCCAAGAUCAUUGCUUUCGAGUCGGUUUACAGCAUGUGCGGUUCAAUUGGCCCAAUUGAGGAGAUUUGUGAUCUUGCCGACAAGUACGGCGCCAUCACCUUCCUUGAUGAAGUUCAUGCUGUCGGCAUGUACGGCCCGCAUGGUGCGGGUGUGGCGGAGCACCUGGAUUACGAGGCCCACGUCCAGGGCCGGCCCCGCGGGACCAUUAUGGAGCGGAUUGACAUCAUCACCGGUACCCUUGGCAAAGCUUAUGGCUGCGUCGGCGGUUACAUUGCCGGCAGCGCCAAGCUUGUCGAUACCGUGCGCUCGCUCGCGCCCGGCUUCAUCUUUACUACCUCACUCCCUCCGGCCAUCAUGGCUGGUGCCCGCGCAGCCAUUGAAUAUCAGAUGGAACACCAGGGCGAUCGCCGCCUGCAACAAUUGCACACGCGCGCGGUCAAGGAGGCCCUCCAGGAACGCGACAUCCCCGUGAUUCCGAACCCGAGCCAUAUCGUGCCCAUUCUAGUUGGUAAUGCCGAACUUGCGAAGAAGGCCAGCGACAAGCUUCUGCAGGACCAUGGGAUCUACGUGCAGAGCAUCAACUACCCGACCGUGCCCGUCGGCCAGGAGCGGUUGCGCGUGACGCCCACCCCGGGACACACGAAGGAGUUCCGCGAGGAGCUGAUCAACGCAAUCGAGGGCAUCUGGACCGAACUCGGCAUCAAACGCACCAGCGAGUGGGCGGCCGAGGGCGGCUUCAUUGGCGUUGGCGUGACGGACGCCGCGCCUGAAGAGCCCCUCUGGACCGACGACCAGCUGGGCAUCGCCGAAGCGGCGCGCACGCUGCUGCAGGCGGCGAAGGCGGAGAAGGACUCGGCUCCGUUUACAGGCGGGGUGACUGAGAGGCUCCUGGAGAGGGAGAUGGAGGGACUGAGGACCGCCAGCGUUGCCGCUUAG